AUAAACAAAUGGACUAUGAUCUAUUUCAGUCGGAUGACGAUGAAGACAUUUUAACUGCCUUUAUUCAAGCCACACAACAUCCCAAGUUGACGCCACUAUUGGAGCCGCAGCUGAACGCUGAAGAGGAUGCAGACGCACUGGGCAUACUUCCCGAGUUCAAUUGCAGCGGACGCGAUACGCUUAAACAGCAAACAGAAUUUCCAACCCACGGCUUCGUUAGCAAUGGCUAUGCGCAGCAUCCGUCACUGCUGCCGCGCAGUCGCCUCGACAUUUUGGCCUUUGACUUUGACGUCGAGCAACUGAGAGUGAGCCUGGUAGUUAACUAUCUAUUAGGCGAGGCCUGCAAAAACAUUCAGAAACUGUGUGCGGCAGUGGCGGGUCAGAAACUAUUGCAGCAAACGUUGCAUGGCACUGGAACAGGCUGGUACACGGCACGGCAGCAGGUGACGCACGUGUAUCAUAUGCUGCUGCAUGAUGUGCAGCUUAGCGAGCAGUGGCCGCAGCUUUCGUCUGCUGUGGGGAAGCUGCGUCAACUACUUAACAGUUGUUUGAGUUCAGAUCUCUGGCGUCUUUUAUACUACGCGGAGCAUAGCAAAGGCAAUGAGUGCCAGGCAGCCGCCUAUCAGUUAUUUCAUGGUGCCCUUGAAUGGCGUCUGCUAGACUUGUGCCUGCAGCGCAAGCAUGCCGACAAUACAACAGCUGACUGCGAAUCGCAGUUAGGCUAUCAAAGCCAACUAGAGCGCUGCCUGGAUGAGCUGGUACUCUGUGCUAGCUACUUAUAUCAAAGUAAACAUAGCGCUGAGCUGCUCUAUAGCUCCGCCUUUAGCUGUCGCUGCAAUAAGGAGCUUUGGCUCAUACUCUAUCAUCAGGCGGGCGCCGACAGCAACUUCUGGACGCUCUUCCAUAGUACUUUGCAGCGUCACAAGACAUCGGCUUGGAACAACAAUGCCGCCGGCUAUCAUGAGUUCUAUGCAUGGCUAACCCUCAACGUAGCACGUCUGGCCAGCUAUAAUCAGACAGGAGUGCUGCAAAGCAAACUGCAGCCACUGUCAGCGGAAAACUUUCAAACUGCCCCACAGCUGAAACAAUUUCUGUCCUGCCAGCCGCCGCCCAGUGAGCAGCAGCUACGCGUUUACUUGUGCCUGCUGGCGCCGUUGCAGCUACAUUGGAGCCAACCGGAUACAGAUGUGCUUUGCCAGCUCUGGGAGCAACUGCAUCGUGCGCUUAAUUCGAGUUUUAGCGCAGCAGCAUCACAAAUGGAACAACUGCCAAUGAUUUGUGCAAGCGGUGCUGCCUAUUUGGAGCGCUAUCAAAUGCUGCUCGGCAAGCCGCAACUGGAUGAUUUGAAUCUAAGCAGCUUUACAAUAUUUGCGCUGCUGCUGGGCAAAACGCUGCAGCUGCUGCCAACGUUGGGACGCGGCAAUCAAAGCUUGAAGCUGCUGGGACGUAUUUUCAGCAAAUUCAGCGCCGCCAAGCUGCUGGCUCUCAAUGAAGCGGGCAUACAUCAUCUGAUCGAACUAUUCCUAUGCCUGCUGCUGUCUCAUACAGAGUUCAACGAGUUGGCCAGUAAGCUGCGUGAAAUGCUGCUGAGCUUAAUGCUGGAGAAGCUGACGCCGGCGCGACGUUUGCUCACAGCCAAGGCACACAUGGCGCUGCUGCUCCUGCAUGCUCAACGACGUCAACCGCUGGAUGAUUAUCUGAACAAGCUGCUAGCACAACUGCAAGCAUUGCGUCAAGAUGCGGAGGUAUCUGCCUGCUUCGUCAACGUUUUGGAGCCCAUUUUUGAGCAGGCGGAUGAUUUUACGCGCGGCGAGCAUCUGCUCCUGGGGCCCUGGCUCAGCUCGUAUCUGGAACAUGCACCGCAGGUGGCACAGGAGCGUGUCUGGCAGGCGUUGCAUACGCUUUGCCAGCGCUUGCAGAAAACUAAUGGCGCUGAUACUGGCGUAAUGUGGCAAGCGCUGCAGCAGCAUAUGCUACCACAACUGCGGCUACAAUUUGUCAGCAGCUUUAGCAGCUGGCUACCGCAGCUAGCAGCAGACUUUGUGGUGCUGUCCAAGGAUAAAACGCUGAUAUCUUUGCUGCUGUUGGAUGUACAACCCGUCAAUACAGCUGCCAGUGCGCAGCUGCUAUUGCAAGUGCUGGAGCAGCAACAAACAAGCACCAGCAGCAAUAACAACAACUGCAGCGCUGAGCUGAUAAUACACGUUUGGCUGAAGUCCUUGGUGCUGCUGCCGGCGCAGCAUGCAAGCCUACUUGCUUUGACGCCGCAUGUGCUGCAGCUGUCCGAAUUGCAGCAACUGCAACUCGAUGCCACAGAGCUAUCGACGCGCGAGCCGCUCUGCGCUUUCUUUGGUGCCUUGGGGAAGCGUGCACAAGAGCCUAGCCUCGUGGGAUCAGCACGCAUGCAGCUUAGCCACAAGUUGCACGCAUAUGUGGCACACUUUGAGCAAUGGUUGCAGCCGGAACAGCGUGCGGAGCUGCAAACACGCUUCUAUAAUUUUUUAGCCAUUGUUAUAUACAAUUGCGCCUCGUUGGCCUAUGUCCGCUCCAAGCCGAGUUGCUUCUUCCAUUUGGCCAUGUCGCGUUUCUUGUUAACCACACAGCUGCAGGCGGGCAUGCCACCAGAGCCGCGCCAGCCGCAGCUGUUGCAUAAGAUAUUUCCCGUGCUGUUGCAAGGCAUUGCUCGCUUGCCAUAUCAAACCGAUGGCUACUUGAGUCGUACGCUGGAACAGUUGCUGCUGCAUUGGACGCCCCACUUUGGCUUCAGCUCCAAUUUCAAGCUUGUGGCGCGUCCAUUUGCCACGCUGCUGCAGGCUGAUGCCGAGUCACCUUUAGUCAAACAUGUGCUUCAGUUGCUGGCGCAACAGUUUCUUAGCGUGCAGCGCAAUCAGCCCGGCGAUCAUAUUUUUCUUAUGACGGCGCUGCUGCAGCAGCUCUUUGUCAAUCUGGAUGAUCCUCAGCUGCAACUAGCGGAGCAACAGCUGCUAACAUUACUCCGGGCCGUGCAUGUGCCAGUGCUGGAGCAUAUUAUGUUUGUGGGUGAGCUAGAGGCCAGUCGCGUGCACCUGUUGAAACUGCAUGGCGUUGUGCUCCAGUUGCGCGUCUUCAAACGUUGCCAGGCUGCGCAGCAGCUUUGCGCGCAGGAUUUGCGUCAGCUGGCCCAGAAACAUUUGGCACAUUGUACCUACUUUUAUUUUCAGUUGCUUAACAAGCUGGCCGAGCAGUCGUCGCAGCUGAUAAAGCCGCUUUAUGCAUUUAUAGAGCAGGAGGCGUUAGGCGUGGAGCGCAAACGCGGCGCUGGCCAGGAUCUGGGUAUACGCAAAUCCUUGAAAUCCUUGCAGCAGACGCUUAAAUAAGUGCACUUAAAUUAUCAUAGAUUAAGAUAUAAGUACAAAAGAAUUUCUAU